GGCAAGAAAAAUGGCCGUUUGGGAUGCUUUCUGCUGCUGGUAAUUUGAAAAUCAACUCCAAUUGACGAUGUUCUAGUGCAAACAAGUAUGCAUAGUUCCAUCCCGUAAUUUCGUCAUGCUUGCAACAAACGUCUAAAUACCGAAUUUUAUAUUCUUCGUUGCAAUAAGGACUGUUAUUUGCCAGGAUUUGCACCGUGAGGUCUACAUCAUAUUUUUGCAGACUUUAACCUCCCUCUCGUCAGCCAUUUUGUUUCUCCUGGUCAGAGAUGGAUCACGAAUCUGACGUAACGAAAAAUGAGGUGACUGUUGAUUACUACAGUCGAUUGCCUGGACCUUGUGGGGAUUGUUGCCUCAAGUUCCCUUGUCCAUCUGUCAUCGCCUGUGCCAUGAUGAUUGUGGGGGAUAUCCUCUUACUGGCUGGAUUUCACCUGGGUGCGGAGGAAGCCAAGUAUCUGUUUGCUGGGACACCGAUCACAGAGGCCUUUAACGUCUGGUUUACCGACGUCCAGAUUAUCAUCUACUGUGUCUCAGUGUUCAUGUUUAUCAUUGCAAUCGUCUUACUCGCUAUCAGUUGCCUGGGAACUGGGUCCACACGCUCUGUGUAUCUCUGCCGAUUCAAGACAAGACGAAGCGGCAGAUGCCAGACUGCUGUGUUCAUCCUGAUAGCCUACUUCCUGGUCUUUUGUUGGGUGACUGCCAUCUGUUUCGCUGUUGUGCCUGUCUUCUUCAUGUUUGUCAUGAAUCGUGGGGUAUGUCUUGGAGUCGAAAUGGAACAACAAACCUGCUUGAACCUUGUACAGUGGGCACUGCUUUCUCCCGAUACGCCGGUGGGGCUGGGGAAGGAACUGGUUUGUGACGACAAAAUGAGAAAUAUCUGCCAAAGUAAUAUGAUGCUGCUAUUCUCUCUAGCGUUCCUCGGCUGUCUUUUAAUCCUUCUGGCCUCGGUACAGUUUGUCGUGAGUAUGUCUGCCAACUUCGCUCAGUUACUUGACCGCUACAAGCGCGCCUACAUGUCAGAUACAGCGGGAUCAUAUAACAUGCGUUCGGGAGUCCGUAACAUCAUGCGAGGAAGCAAGCGAAAUGACACCGGACACACGCGUGCAGGUGCCCGUACUAAUGUCGCUCUGACCCGCUACGGCGCUGGCAACGGAGCCUACACGGGCAACGGCAAGUCUGAGGAGUCGGAGGCAGACCAGAGAUACAGCUCCUUAGAGAUGACCUCCUUCCGUAGACAAGAGGAACCACCACCGCCUAAUCCACCUCCAUACAUCCCAUCAACUCGGGAACCGCUGUCCAACUUACAGCACCGUGCGCGUUCGUACGAUCCGUUGGAUUACAAUGACUAUAACACCGGUCAGCUAAAUACAUCAAGGGUCAAAAACAUGAGUAGAUCCGCCGAACCAAUUGACUUUGGAGGUCAGUAUGAUCGAUAUGAUAGGUACAAUGAAUAUGACGUGUGAAUAGAACAUGGUGUCACUGGUUUCAAUGAAUGUUUUCCCAAACAUCAACUCACAUUUUGAUGGCUCUUUGCUACUUCGAAUUUAGCGCUGUUGGGUUGUUUGUUUGUUUGUUUGUUUGUUUGUUUUGUUUGUUUGCUUGUUUGUUUUAAGCGGAGAGAGAGAUAAAAAAAAGAAUAAUGGAAACUUCAGCAAUUGUUAGACAUAAUGCUUUUUACUCAGAUCCAGAGUCGUUCUACUUUGAAAAUGUAGCUCAUUCAGACUGAGCACCUGAUGUCUUAUAAACGUAAAGAUAACUGAGCAGUUUAGCUUUUUAUUUUUGAAAACUCGCGAAUACUUUCUCUUUUUUUGUGUUUGCUAUUUUAAGCAUUACGACAAUAUUUGACAUUAAACAUACAUUGAAAUAAUCUUCAGCUGUUCUGCACACUGUACAUAUCAAAUUCGAGUCGAAAGUUUAAUUACAUAGAAUUUGUUGUGUUUUAAUGUGUACUUUUCUUGAACUGGAAUGACAUUUUUUCCUUUGGUACAGCUUGUGUUGUGUAUGAAUGAACAAGCAAUUGUUUCUUGGAAUUCAGUGGAACAACUUAGAUAGAUUAGCCUAAAAGAAGACUAUCAAACUAGAAUAGACGACGUGUGCUGAAAACUCAUUCAUGUCAACGAACCUGAUAAUGUUUAGGUUCCAAUAAGAACCCAAUAAGUUCGAAUAAGUUCACCAAAUUGUAAGUUCACCAACAUCAUUGUAUACCAUCACUUUUUGUCAUUUUUUUCCAGUAAAAUCCAAAGUUAUACCUAUUUUGUGUCAUGAUGACUAUUUUGUCAUAAGACAAAUGUAAAGAAAGACGUGCCAAGCCAAAAGAAGUUUAAUUUCAUUACGAAAUCAUAUCUGUACAUAUCUUGAAUGAAUAAAGCAAUGAACGUUUGAUAAAGAUGAUUA